AUUUGAACGGUCAUGUAUACAAUACAAAUCUCAACGUCACGGCAAAUAUUCAAGUGAGGAUGUGACGGUCUCUGGUUCAGCUUCUUGUCUUGUGAAACUCGUUAUGCCGCUGGAUUCAAGCAAGGAAGUCCUCGUUAAGCCGUCAAACAUAUUUUUUCAUUAUUCAACAGAAGGUACUUGCAACACAUGCCAAGUAUUGAUUGUUAAUAAAUCAGCAAAAAUACUGCGCUUCAAAGUCUUAUCUACAGCACGUUCCAAGUAUUUGCUAUCAGUAUGCAAGGGCAUUUUGAAGUCUGGUGAAUUCGUUGAAACUGAUAUUUCAGUAUCCAGAGUUUCAAUAACGGAUGAUACAAAGGACUUUUUCAAGAUCCAGUUUUUCGAUUCAUACGAUGGCUCCGCUUUUUGCGAGCAUUAUAUAUGUUCAACAAUUUCGCGUAACCCCUCUCAUAAUGUUGCUAUUCAAGAUUCAGAUUCAUGCAGCACUUGGCCCAGUCGUUAUCAUGAUGUUGGUUUGUCUAACUCAAGCUUAAGAACAGCAUCUUUAUCGCGAGCUUUCGGAAACUUGAUUGGGUUAGAAAAGCGCCCUAUUACUACUAAGACAUACUUAUCAUUAGAUCGUACGAAAUGUAUGGGUCUUUCUAACAUGUUCCCUACAGUUAAAACACAGAAGAAUAGAUCGAAUUCAAGUACGUUAACAGUCUGUCGUGGUACCAGUGAUAGUCAAUCAGAAAACGCUAGAACGAGCAUCAUCUUGUUUAAUAAUCUACUCUAUAAUUCUUUGUUUAUUUUAAGUUUGAUUGUUUGUCUAUUUGGAAUUUUACUACCGUUCCUUCCAUAUGAUUGUAAAUUAUGGUUAUUGUCAAAAGUACUUCAUGAGCGAUUGAAGAUUAAUUAUAUUACUGCUACUCCAAGUUCAUUGACUUUUCCAUAUCAUUCACAAAACGUCCAUGACCAUUCUCAAUCUUAUAAGCAAAGCUCUGGAGCCACUUAUUCAUCGACAACUGAAUGUCCUACAGGGGAAAAUCCACCAAAAGAUGAGUUUAAUCGUCACACUCGUCUGGCAUUCUUUGCUUUCAAGAGUGCAUUGCGUAGUAUUUGCAGAGCAAUAAUUGCUUUAGAUCCAUUAGUCGCAGUUGCUAAUAUGUCAUGGUUUUGCUUAGGUUUGUUACUUAUGUAUCAUUGGAUAAAAAGAAGGUAAAGCUGAACAAGAAAUACACAACUGAUACCUUAAUCCGAGAUGUCGGCAAACCAGGGAAACCUUUGUUAUUUAUAUAAUAAUAUAACUAGUAUAAAAGAGAGAUAUCAACUUCACGAUCUCUAGAUGUUUGAAAAUUUAUCCAGAUUUACAAAAUGACUUCAUUCUUGCUUUUACGUUUCUGCUGUUUCCAUUACCCCUAUCUGUAUUCAGUAUAUGUAAAGCACUGUUUUUGGUUCGAUUAUUCCUUCAUCUAGUGUACCUAUUUUUCAUAGAACACAUCAUUUUCUACUUUCGUUUACAUUGUGUAACUUUUAAACUUAAAAAAACGUUCCCUUGUGUAUCAGCAACUGUUCAGUUAGUACAAGUUUCAUGAUUUCUAUAAUUUCAUUAUGUAUUUAUCGAAACAUUAAGUUACUUACUGGGUGGGUAUGAUUUAUAUAUAUAUCAUGUUUUGUAGCAGGUCCAAUUAGUUCUUUUAAAUCAUUACUAUCCUUUAGAUUACUUUAUUGUCUUAUCCUCGUAUUACUUAACCAUUGUGAUAGCCUUAUUCAUAGAAUUAUACUUACUUGCAUUUGAUAUUCUUAUUCACUUUAACUACCAACUGCUGACAACAUGCAUAUUUGUUUAUUUUUCUGAUUUAUUUUUUCCCUACUUUGUUUAACAAUCAUGCCAGUCAACGUUUUUUAUGUAUGUCCACACACUCACCGAAUCCUUAAUUUAUAGACACUACUAUCUUAUAGAGUUGCAUGAAGAUGUAUUAUUUCUGUGAACAAUUUCGUUUGUUUAUUGUUUUUAGACGUUCCUUUAUUUAUUUCUAUAUUCUCUUUAAGAGUUUACUAUCUAAUCUUCUUGCCAGUCACUCUUACUGUUUUUGUCUCAUUUUGCUUAUACACACACAUAAGCCUUCAUCUGUGCCUUAUUCCCCUUUUCCUACCAUAAACUAAAGCACCGCAUUUAUACACAUUCUUGUACAUCUGACAAUAAUUAUAUAUAUAUAUAUAUAUAUAUAUAUAUAUAUAUAUAUAGGUAUUCUCAUUGCGUUCGUUAAGUUUGGUAUUUGCUUUUUGUAAUUUGUUGCAUUUCGCACAUAUAUGUUUGCUUGCUUUGAAAUUUUAUCUGCCUUGGUUAAAAGAUAUUGAUGAGUUCACCAUAUUCCUUAUUUAUUCAGUGUGUAUACAAUCUCACUUACGAAUAAUACAGAUACGUUUUAUGAAACAUUAAAACAUGUUUUACUUAGUCAAAUUUUGUGCAUACCGAAAAAUCAUUACGAGUAUAAAAUAAUAAAGAAAUUCAGUUUGUUU